AUGAACUUUUUAUCCACGAUUGUUUUUUUGGCCGUGACGUUCAACGUUGCAACUGCCGAGCUCUUUAAGUGCUAUAAUCCUCAUGCCCAGGCCCUUUGCCACGUAGAAUCCGGUGAGUGUCGCCUCCCUUCUUUAUCAAUGGAGCAGCACAUGCAUCGGAACUUUUCCAUUGCUUCCUUUUGCACAAAUCCUGACCAACCUGAUCAUACUUCCCGAAACAAUCCUGACGAACCUGAGCCCAUUCUAGCCCGAAACGACGAUCCCAAUAAAAAAUUAUUUUAUGUCGUCGCUAGCCCGCGCGGAGUAACAUCGAAAUACGCAGAAUUUGAAUGCCUAGCAGGCACUCACAAGUGUUGCCCUCCCAACAGUGUUCCAAGCAUCCUCGCACCUGUCAGUACAUCGGACAAGAGUCAGGGGACUGUACCUAAAGGCAGUCGUUCCAGCCUUCCGCGGAGCCCAAAAUCUCAUGUUCAGAACUCAGUUCAACAACAAAAUAAAUAUGGGAUCAACAUGAAGUAG